AUGAUUGAGACAUCAAAUAUCACACACAAAACAGUUACAGAAUUUGGUUGCGUCCAGAAUGACAGUAAAAUUGACCGGUACAUAAACGAUCAUUCUUUACGUUUAUCAGACGCUCAAAAAUGGCUUUUAAAGAAAACAAAAGAUGAUCCUAAAGCAUAUUACUUAAUAUCAAGUCUUGAAAUGCAACUUUUAUCUAACAUGUGCUAUGCAAUAAAUGCCAGAAAGACAAUUGAUAUUGGUGUUUAUACUGGAUAUAGUACAUUGUCUAUCGCUGAAGUAUUACCUUCAGAUGGUUGUGUGGUAGCCUUAGAGAUAACAGAUGCUUAUCUGAAAGAUUAUUGUAUACCGGCUUGGAAAAUGGCAAAUGUCGAGUCAAAAAUCGACUUUCGACUUGGUACAGCAACUCAAAUACUACAAAAUUUGAUUGAUAAUGGACAAAGUGAAACAUUCGAUUUUGCUCUUAUUGAUGCUGAUAAACAAAAUUACAGUAAUUAUUAUGAAUUAUGUCUUAAACUGAUCCGACCUCGUGGUAUAAUCGCAAUUGAUAAUGUUAUUUGGUCGGGACUUGUGGUCGAUGAGACCGAUCAAACCUCCGAAACUGUUGGUAUUAGGGAAGUGAAUGACUUGGUAGCUGGAGAUAAUCGUGUACGAAUCUCUUUGCUAAAUCUUGGAGAUGGGUUAACAAUCGUUGUGAAAAAAUGA